ACGGAAGUGAUUUUCUACCUGCAGUAGAAGCCGUACAAACAGAGUGUUUACCUUUUAUUCAUGUAAACCCUUUACGUUAAAUGAACAUUCCACGUAUCACGUAAAUAUUAAUUUAAAGUAACCGCGUUUAUUUAACUUCGUUGGUAUUUUUUUCCUGGCUUGCUUUCUUGAUAGUUGUACGGGAGUCUACUUCCGGAAGCAGCAAAAGCUUAUUGUUAGCUUAGCCUGCUAGCUGCAAGCACAGAGUCAGCACCAAGCAACGCAAAUGUCAGAUUGAGACACUUUGAUGGAGAACAGGUGGUGUUUCUGAUGGAGUUUAAGGAGUGAAAAGCUUCUGCUGAGACUGCAUGAAGACUUCAGGAGUUCAGAACGCUGGAGGAAAGACGACUAACAGCGAUGGAGGAACCGACACACAGUGGGCAGAUGGACUCUCAGCUGCAAGAUGUCCCCAACUGGUGUCCCAAAGUGGAUCAGGAGGACUUAAAACCCCCACGUAUUAAAGAGGAAUACGAUGAUGCUGAGAUCAUAAAAUUUAUAUUCAGUCCUGUAGCCAUGAAGAUCGAAGAUGGUGAAGAGAAACCUCAGCUGUCAGAGCUUCAUCACAGUUGGAUUGAGGAGAACGGAGACUCUGCGAGACCAGAAUCGAACGAUGAAGAUAAAACUUAUGACUCUUCAGAGACUGACGUCAGUGAUGGAAACUGGGAGGGGAACACUGACCCUCAAUCAGGUUUAGACUUGGUGCAGAACAACGCAUUUCCUGUAGGUGAUACAAGAUGUGAAACAGGCGAGAAGUUACACAGGUGCGGUGAAUGUGGCAAAGCAUUUAACCGCAGACGAAAUUUACUGAGACACAACAGAAUCCACACAGGAGUAAGACCCUUCAACUGCCCCACCUGUAACAAAGCCUUUAUAUGGAAAAAGGACCUUACACAACACUUAAGAAUACACAAUGAAGAAAAACCUUUCAGCUGCACGAUCUGUGGAAAACAGUUCACUAGAAAGGAGAAUGUACCUCGUCAUAUGACAGUUCACACUACAGGGAAGACUUUCUGCUGCUCAAUAUGUGGAAGUAAGUUCUUAAGAAAGGGAUCCUUAACUUCUCACAUGGUUUGUCACAGUGAAGUAAAACCUUUCAGCUGUUCCGUUUGUGGCCAAAAGUUUAAAAGGAAAGAAGACGUAACUCGGCACAUGGUGUGUCACACUGAGGAUAAACCUUUCAGCUGCUCCGUGUGUGAACAACAGUUUAAAAGAAAAGAAGACCUGACUCAGCACAUGGUUUGCCACACUGAAGACAAACCUUUUAGCUGCUCUGUUUGUGGUCUGACAUUCAAAAGGAAACAGAGCGUAAAUCAUCACAUGAAAAGCCACACCGAGGUGAAACCUUACAGCUGCUCAGUCUGCGGGAAGAAGUUCAAAAGGAGAGAGAGUUUACCCCGGCACAUGAUAUGUCACACUGAAGACAAACCAUUCAGCUGCUCAAUAUGUGGAAAACAGUUUGGUCGUAAAGAAAGUUUGAGAACUCACAUGUCGCAUCACACUUCAGAAAAACCCUACAGUUGCUCCAUCUGUAACAAAGCUUUUACUUUGAAAGUAACUCUAAUGAAACACACCAGAUUUCACCGAGAGGACAGACAGUUCAGCUGUUCUGUCUGCAAAGUGUCUUUCAAAACAAAAUCCUCUCUAGCUGUACACAUGACAAUUCACACUGGAGAGAAACCAUUCAGCUGUGAAACCUGCGGCCGAAGUUUUGGUCAAAGUGCAACUCUGAAAUGUCACAUGACACGGCACACUGAAGAGAAACCUUUCAGCUGCCCCUACUGUAAUGUCAAAUUCAAGUGGAAAAGUGCCUGUGCGAAACACAUCAAAAAACAUGCAGUUGAAUAGGCUUUUGGCUUCACAUGCGCUGCUCAAAGCUACAGUAAGUUUAGAUAUAAUUAUGUUAUAAAGUGUCAUCAGCUGCUCUGUUAAUAAAGAUUUGUAAAAGAA